AUGCAAGAUCAAUAUGAUGCGUUUUUUGAAUGGGCAAAAUAUAAAUUUAAUGUUACUGAUGAAUUUACGGCACGAGACAUCAAUGCAAUUUGUCACAAACUUAAAUUAGAAAAUAUUUUUGAAGAAAAUGAAGAAAUUAAGUUAGCAAAUAUUGAAUUGCAAUGGAUUUGUAUAAAACUUGAAAAAUAUUUAGAGCUUAACAAUAAUGAAAUUACACAUCUUUAUACUAAA